AAUAAUAUUAAAAAAACAGUUUAAUUUAUAUCAUUAAUAAAAUGGCUCAUUGGUUUCAUCGUAAUGUACUAAAAGCUACGACAAAUCAAAAAUUCGAAUUAAAAAUAACUAAUCCUACUGAUGCUACAAAAAAACUAUGCAGUGAUCUGAGAUUAUCAAGAAAUCGUCUUUUGGAUUUGAUAAAAAAUCCAAAUAAUUCAAGUGAUACUAUAGAACCAGCCUUUCAUAGCUAUUUAAGCUUAUUAUAUGGAUUUAUAUGGGAAAUAAAUUCUGAUGCAGAAAAAUCUGAACAUAUUGGUAGACCAAAUCCAAGCAAACUUAGAAAUGUUAUUGUAUAUAAAUGGACACAUACAUUGUUGGGACCAAAUACUUAUUCUAGUGCUGAUUCUGUAUAUGAAGCAGCUAAUAUAAGCAUGAAUGUAGGACUUUGGUUUAUGAAACAUGCUGCAAUGAUUGCUGCUAAAGAUGAUAUAAAUAUGAAUGAAGCAAAAGAUGUACAUACUAUGCUAAGACGAGCUGCAGGAAUAUUUACUUUUGUACAAACAGAAUUUUUGCCACAAUUAGCAAAUCCUCCACCAUUAGGAAGUGAUUUAGAUCCAAGAAUAAUAAAUGCAUAUGUUAAUCAAUGUACAGCAGAAGCACAGGAAGUGACAGUGGCUAGAGCAGUAGAAUUAAAACAUAAUCCUAGUUUAAUAUCAGCAUUAGCUAAUGAAACAAGUAAAUUAUUUUUGGAUGCUGCUAAUACUUUACGCUCAUUUAAAUCAGAGAUAUCAGCACAGUGGAUUAAAUAUUUAGAACUUAAAGCAGCAUUUUAUCAAUCUUAUGCUUAUAAUUAUUGUGGUGAAAAUUUAUUAUCUAUGGAUAAAUGUGGAGAAGCAAUUAAAGCCUUACAAGAAAGUGAAGCUUGUUUGAAAAAAGCAAAAAUAUUAUGUGAAGAGUAUGGAAAAAUAAAUGGACCAGCACCUAGAGUAAAACCAGAUCAACAUGCUGUAUUUAAACGUUUAGCACCUAUAGUAAAGCUUACUCUUGAUAAAUGUAAUCGUGAAAAUGGUUUAAUUUAUCAUCAUACAAUACCAGGAGAGAUUCCAACAUUAGAUACAAAAGCUACUUUUGGUUUAGUGAGUCCUAUUAAUUUCCAAAUGCAAUCACAUAACUCUAUAUGGAAUUUAAAUGUAUAUGGAUCAUUAUUUGGAUUAACUCCUGCAAAAAUAGAAAAAGAACAAAAUUUACCCCCUGUUAAAGAAGAUUCAAUUCAUCAAAGUACCAAAGAUCCAAAGAAUGCAAGUGGAUGUUUGUUGCAGUAAAUAGUUUUAUGCAGAAUUGCAAUAAAUGGUAAAUUAAAUUUAUUGACUUUAUUAUCAUUAUGAGCUAUAGAGGAUGUCUUACAUUUUUUGAUAAUUUUGUUACAUGCUUGAUAGUAUUUUAUAAGUAAAAAUAAGACUAAUAUAUAU